GGACAAGGAACAAGAAAAUUUCCCUUCCCCGGCGCAGGUGAGUUUGGACUUGGAUCGGGAGAGGCGAGAGUAGUCGGAUUAACUAAUCAGGGGCAUAGAAAGGAGAGAAAAUGGGAAGGGAAGUGUCGGAGAGUUGCGUGGACAGUCUACUGACGGAGAUGGUGGCAUCCUAUUGCAAUCGGUUCUACGCCAAUAAACCUGAGCUCGCCGCCCGCAGGAUCGAGGCCAUUGGGUAUCAAGUUGGUCACCAGCUCUCUGAAAGGUAUACCAUGGAGCGGCCUCGUUUCAGUGAUCAUCUGGAGGCUAUCAAAUUCAUCUGCAAGGACUUCUGGUCUGAGCUCUUUAAGAAGCAGAUUGACAACUUGAAAACUAAUCACAGGGGUACCUUUGUGUUGCAAGAUAAUAAAUUUCGCUGGCUUGCACACAUGUCAAUUGAUCCAUCCGUUGAUGGAAGUUCAAUUGAAGAUAAUUCUGUGAUUUCAGCUGAAAACAAGGCAGCACAAGCAAUGAGCAUGCAUCUUUAUUUCCCGUGUGGGAUCAUUAGAGGAGCUCUCUCAAAUUUAGGAAUCCCUUGUGCAGUUUCUGCAGAUAUAUCUAACCUUCCAGCAUGUUCAUUUGUGGUCCGCAUAAAAGUUUGAACAGCUUAUAGCUAUGUUGCUAUCCAUUUGCACAGCCUGGAAGUAUUUACAUCUUCUGAAACAAUGCUUUGGUAUCCUUGAGUUUUCUGGAUUGUAGAAUAUUGAUGACUCGUUGAACGGGAAGGGCUUCCAAGGAACCACCGGGGACUCGUUCUUUCCAAUGCAGGUUUUGUUCAAGCUCACGGUGAUAUAUUGAUUCCUCAUGAAUUAUGUGUCAUAAUAUGAAAGAAUGUUGAGUCUCAUUAUGAUGCCAAGUACUCGGAUUCUAUGGAAUUGAGUGCUGUUCUCAAUGUGUAUCCUUCGGAUCUUCUUUGACCGCCAAUUUGUUUGAACCUUUCUUCCUUUGAAGUUUUCGAAAGUGAGUUUGUAUUUUGUCUUUA